AUGUCUAACAGCACCGAGGAAAAGGUCAUGCAGACCGAGCAUCUGCCAACCAUACCUGAAAUGCAUCUCUUUGGCGAAGGGGAGCACGCGCAUGGAGAACCUCGCGCAAGACCCGACGAGGCUGUAGUUACCGCAUUUCUAGAGAAGCAGAACCGAGCAACCAUAUUCUGGGACGGCCAUCAUAUUGUGCAGUACUGGCUCCCGCUCGACCCGAACGCCUCGCGCCGCGAGCGGGCCCGCUGGGUAUUCUCAUUGCUCCGAGGCCACAAGCCUCCUGCCCGGGGCCAUAUUCAGCUUCUCUUCAAAUGCGGCGACACGGAACACACGGUGGAAUGGCCGGCAGAGGAAGCGCAUGCUUAUCAUGCUCAGUUUUCCCGGUGGCAUGGUUAUCAAACUGUGAAGAAGCCCUUGCUCAUACCCUGGUGGAAGCAUACUCAUUUUCGAAGCUGGGAGUCUCGUCGCGACAGGCCUCUGGAUUUUGCUUGUUGCCCACUCGUAUCGCCAAUUCAAAGAUAG